AUGCCUCUUCUGCGCGACGUGUCCGACCGCGUUUGGGACUACAUUAGCCCGCGCAAGACGCAGAAGCGCCGGGACAAGCCGUUCAAGGUCCCCGCAUUGCCCGUCAGAUCCAAAUUGGCCGAGAAGAACUCCCCAGAGAUCACUCUUAAGAGCAAGGUCGAACACUGGGCACCCAAGACGCCAGCUUCUCCCUCCGCCGUCGACAAGACUCUGCUGCCUCCCUCCCCGCCGACUUCCCUUCACCGAUACGAGGAGGACUUCGAUGGCGACACCUUGGUCCACGACUCCGUUGAAGACGAGUACUACUACAACGAUGAAGAAGCCGACGCGUGGGACGCUAACGACACGACCGUGGUGGUCGACGAUGGAAAAUACAUGGAGAUGCGCAAGCCCGUCAACCGUACGAAGGAGCAGAUGCGCCAGGAGAUCCAAUGCCGCGAGCUUCGCCAGGCUGGUUGGUCCGAGGACUCAGUGUUCAUGUUCCAGAAGUUGAACCUGCGCGGCUUCGAGCCUCUUCUUCCGGACCCGUGGAAGACGGAUUUCGUCACAUUACCUCUGGACCUCUUCACCACGAACGACAGCAAGGCUUUCAUCAAGGCAGACGGCCAAUCAGACUUCCGAGCUCAACACGCUUUGAACCAAUUGUUCACCGUUGGCGGCCUCGCUCGAGACGCGGUCCUCACCAAGGCUCGCAAGCGCACAGCCGAGCGUCACAUCGUGCAAUCAGUCAAGAAGUAUUCCCGGUGGGCUAUGCGGGACGGCGGCAUGCGACGCACUCACAAAGAUCUCAAGCUUUUCGACACGGUAGCCUGCCCCAAAGACGUGCCCUCCUACAUCUGCGAGCAGAAGAUGAUCCGCAAGCUCCACAAGCUGCAUCAGCAAUGGGACGAUGAGAUGCUCAGCCACGACAAGACCGGCCUUGUCGCCGCCCCGGAGGAGCUUCCCACUCUCUAUGGCGUCAUCGCAUCGCACACGGUCAUGGCCUUCGUCAGCUACGUUCUGCCCACCGAGCCGAACCCCAUGGGCUCGCUACGCACCAUCGCCAUCUUCGACUUUGGCGAGGAGGGCUACGAUGUCUGGAACUCGCUUGCGAUUGCUAUCUUUGUUAUUCACUGCCGCAACAGGAUGCAGGAGCUUAAGGAGUUUUUGCCGGAGCCCGUCGUUGUGCACAGACGCGAUCCGGACUUGUAG